AUGUAUAUAUGUAUAUAUAUAUAUACAUAUAUAUAUAUAUAUAAACACUUAAUAUUUAUGUAGCAUAGUAAAUAAUUUGUCGUACGUUCAAAGAGUUGCGUGCGUGAAAUCUUAUUGCGAUAAAAGGAAUAAAGGGAAUUUGUAAGAUAUUUUAUAAGAUCGCGCACGCGUAUUUUCGAGAGAUUCUUAUAAAGUAUAUAUAUUGAAAGAGAGAAGUGUGCUUGUCUCAAGAACUCGUGUACUCUUUUCAAAUACAUAGAAUUCUGAGCGCUUGAAAAACGUUAGCGCGAUCUUUGCAAUCUGAGCAUCGUGUAGAUACAUUACGUAUAUAAUUAAUUUAAUAUAUAUAUCCCUGCACUUUAAAUUUGUACCAAUAAAACAUUCCCAAUUAGAGAUUUAUUUCUUUUACGCAGCUUUGCUACAUACAUGUAUACUUGUAGAAUUUUUUUUCUAUUUUAUUAGGUAUUUAAUUUUGAUAUAUACGUAUAUUUAUAGUGUGCAAUAAUGUAACAGGAAAAUGUAAUUUUGACAAUUGUGUUAUUUUAUUUAUUUGACUUACUGUUAUAAUUGUUUAAUGCCGUCUAAAUGUGAUUUCGGUAAAUGUCGGUAAUGUGACAUAUAAAAUAUGUAGCACGGAGAAGAGCGCUGUGUUGUCGCAAAUUUAAUACUCCAAAUAUUCGAAUCAGUUUAAAAUGCUCGAACACCGCGGUCGAGUGUAUCACACAAAAAUGUUUUAAAAAUAACAGUUUGGCUUCACAAUUGAAUCUGUUAGAACUGUUUCAUCAUCGUCUUUGGAACUUCCAAACGGUAUCAGUAACACUAUUGAAAUAAAGUUUAUAUGAUGAUCGCAAAAACACGUCUUUUGAUUAAAGAAAAAAAUAUAGUAACGAGGUAGAAGCAAAAAAAUGUAUUAACUGAGAAAGGGGUAAAUAAUCGAUGCGCGAAGGUCAUUAUGAGUCGAUCUUUACGGAUCGACGAUUUGCGUGCGUCCUGUCGAUAUGUUGUUCCUUGCUGUAAUAGGCAUCGCAUAUACGAAUGUAGAUAACGUUUCUAUUACAUAUAAACGAGUCUAUACACAUAUAAUCUCUCUUUGUAUACAGCCGGAGAUUCAUAAUACGACAAAUGAACACUGAAUCUGUCUAUUCUUCCUCUCACCCGUUUCGUUCCUUUUUUUUCCCCCGACUUGAUUGGAAGUGCGAAAAAUAUUCCUCAGUGAAACAAAAAUCGUGUCACCUAUUGUAAAAGAAAAUUCACGAACUUCGACACAUUAACCGUUACCGCUUGUUCCCAGAAUAUUGCGUGAUCCGCGGAUAAACUGUUAAUAACCACCGCCUGCGGAAGAGAUUUUUACAUGCGAUAGACAUAAAUCACGGUUGUUACUUUGUCGUCCUCCCCAGGUAGACUUAUCGGCACUUUAUCUAAUUGCCAGUGUGAUUAAAGCGUGACCGUUUACUAGCACCAAUCACGCACAGCUAUGGUAUAGCAGCAGUUCUUCUGGAACCAUGCUGGAAAAUUGUCGGUGGUUGCUGUACGUGUCGCGUUUCUCCGGAUGCCAUCCGCUUACGCUCGACGAGCGUUCAACAUUCACUCGUUUUCAGCAGCUGUUGAUGUACUCGUGCGUCACGGGCGGCGUGUAUUGUUUCGGGACCUUUUAUGCAAAUUACCCCGUCAACUGUAUCGCCCAAAGCAAAAUGAUCGUGGGAUGCCCUCUGCGGCGAAUCGCUCGGUACAACCGCGGUCUCUAUCUGAUAACGACGUUAUUGCUGUCAUGUCUGCGGCAUGAGAAAUUUGAGCUUGCUCUAGCCGCCGCUCGUAAAUUCGAUGAUUCGAUACAUCAUCGUUCUUACGCCGAUAACAUACGAACAAAUCGUUACACGCAAUGGCUGGUUAUAUCAGCGAUUUGCGCUAGUUGGUUUUUAGUCGGAACGCUAGGACAACUCGCUUUACGUAACGUAUUCGUGAUCUCGAAUAUCGUACAAAUUACGAUGCGAGUUAUGUUCUCAGUGGAGAUCGCGAAGUUCUGCUUUCUCUAUGACGCAUUGUGCCGCAGAUUUCGUUACCUCAACGGAUUAUGUCAGGAAUUGACUGGAGAUAGCGUAUCCAGGAUGUACACUAAACGUUUUACAGUCUCGAGUCUCGAACGAUUACACCGACACCUCACAGAUGCGACGAAUCAUCUCAAUUCUUACUACAGUCCGCAGUUGUUAUGUUGGACUGCGUGCAUACUAAUUGACAUUGUAGCAUUUUCCUUUACCGUUCUUUACGCAGAAAACACCGUAAUGCAAGUUUGUCUUCAAAUCAUUAUAAUCUUGUUGUUGUCGCUUCAACUUAUCGCGAUUAGCCGCUACUCUGACUUGACAUGCAAUCAGGCAAACGCGUUCGCAAUGACGCUGUACUCGGUGGAAGACAAACGUUCCAUGUUUGAAAAUACAGAAACUUCAUUCGAAGCGAUCGAGUUGGGAAUAUUUCUUCGCGCACAUCCUUUGCGCGUUAACGUCUGUGGCUUAUUUAAUUUGAGCAGCCAAUUUACAUGCUCGGCGUUUGGCGUUAUAUUAAUGUACGUAAUCCUAGCUUCAUCCAUACAUUGAGUUCACUAGAGGCGCGAACUCUAAAGAAGCUACGAUAAAAUAAAAGAAUAAAAAAAUUGAUGCAAAUACGCGAUUUCACUUAGGAAAUAAAAUUUUUCAAUCUUAAUUUUAACAAUAAUAAGUUCAAUAUAAAUAUUUAAGAUAAAU